GCACUCCUGCGCUUGCGCAGUGGCCAGACGCCAGACAGUGUGUUUCCAAAAUGGCGGCAGCGAUGGAUGUGGAUACCCCGAGCGGCACCAACAGCGGCGCGGGCAAGAAGCGCUUUGAAGUGAAAAAGUGGAAUGCAGUAGCCCUCUGGGCCUGGGAUAUUGUGGUUGAUAACUGUGCCAUCUGCAGGAACCACAUUAUGGAUCUUUGCAUAGAAUGUCAAGCUAAUCAGGCGUCUGCUACUUCGGAAGAGUGUACCGUUGCUUGGGGAGUCUGUAACCAUGCUUUCCAUUUCCACUGCAUCUCUCGCUGGCUCAAAACACGGCAGGUGUGCCCGUUGGACAACAGAGAGUGGGAAUUCCAAAAGUAUGGGCACUAGAAAAAGUGAAUUCUUCUAUCAAGCUUAACUGUUUUGUUUUCAUUUAAUGACUUACCCUCAUGUUACUUAAUUAUAUAUUAAAUAGAACCAUGUCUUUUCUGCUUUGUCUUUUCAGUUUGCUGUUCAUGCAGCCAUAUUGUAUUCUGUGUCAAAUAAAGUCUGGUUGGAUUCUAAAACAAA